GAGAGAGAGAGAUGAAUCGAUGACCGUUAUACGCCGCAUUGGCAGGCUACGGGACUGAAGAGUCCGGAAACCAUAGCCGAUCUUCAAUGAGAUACCCGACUAUACAUGCAGGUAGUUGGAGCUGUAGCAAGGUCACGUUGUUCAGAAGAAGCAUCGUCGGAAAAUAAAAUGGGCAUUGAAAGCUUUCUGGCAGAGGGUUUAACUUCAGCAUCCACUAGCGGAUUUUCAUUGCUCUUUCCAAUUCUCGCCGCAACACUUGCUUAUUUUCAUUAUGAAGCUUUGGACAAUGAAUCGCCGCCAAUCGACAUGCCCUCAGAGAUGCUAUUACCUUCGUACCAUUUUAUUAUAAUAGGUGGUGGAAGUGCAGGAGCCGUAGUUGCUAGUCGUUUAUCUGAAAUCGAGGAUUGGAAUGUAUUAUUAUUGGAAGCUGGCGGUGAUGAAACGGAAAUCUCGGACGUGCCUCUUUUCGCCGGUUAUCUCCAACUGAGCCAGUUGGAUUGGCAAUACAAAACCGAGCCACAGGGUGAUGCAUGCCUAGCGAUGGAGAAUGGCCGUUGCAAUUGGCCUCGUGGCAAAGUUCUCGGCGGCAGUAGCGUUCUCAAUUACAUGCUUUAUUUACGAGGAAACCAACGAGAUUACGACCUUUGGGAGCAGCAAGGUAAUCCUGGUUGGGGUUCGCACGACGUCCUGCAUUAUUUUAAAAAAUCGGAGGAUAAUAAAAAUCCAUAUUUAGUUCGCACGCCGUAUCACGCGAGCGGCGGAUACUUAACGGUACAAGAAGCACCAUGGCAUACACCCCUAGCGGCGGCUUUCGUCCAGGCUGGACAAGAGAUGGGCUAUGAAAAUCGCGAUAUCAACGGCAAAUUUCAAACUGGCUUUAUGAUCGCCCAGGGUACAAUUAGGCGUGGUAGUCGUUGUUCGAGUGCAAAAGCUUUUCUUCGACCGGCUAGACUUAGAAAGAAUCUGCACGUGGCGAUGCAUGCGCAUGCGACUAAAGUGCUGGUGCACCCCAAAACGAAACAAACUUACGGAGUAGAGUUCGUGAGGAAUGACAAAGUCUUUCGUGUUCGUGCAACGAAAGAAGUGAUCGUAUCCGGCGGCGCUGUUAAUUCACCGCAACUACUGAUGUUAUCAGGAAUCGGACCAAAAGAACAUUUGCGAGAGCUCGGUAUUCCUGUGAUUCAAGACAGCAGGGUGGGCAGUAAUUUGCAAGACCAUAUUGGCCUUGGAGGACUCACGUUUAUGGUUAAUCAAGAGAUAUCUAUGGUGGAAAAACGAUUGCAGAGCGCCCAGACGGUGAUGCAGUACGCUGCGCUAGGAGAUGGACCCCUGACGGUGCUUGGCGGCGUCGAGGGUAUCGCCUUCGUCAAUACCAAAUAUGCGAAUGCUUCGCUGGACUUUCCCGACAUAGAGCUGCAUUUCAUUUCCGGCUCGACAAAUUCAGACGGCGGUAGACAAUUAAGAAAGGUACAUGGAUUAACAAAGCAGUUCUACGAUGCUGUUUUCGGGCCGAUUAAUGACAAGGAUACAUGGAGUGUGAUCCCCAUGUUGCUACGACCAAAGAGUCGCGGCAUAAUCAAGUUGCGCAGUAAAAACCCGUUCGAUUAUCCUCUUAUCUAUGCAAAUUAUUUCAAAGAACCGCAGGACAUCGCCACGUUAGUCGAGGGAGUUAAAAUCAGCGUGGCCCUGAGCAGGACCGACGCUUUCAGGCGAUUCGGAAGUGAACUCAACUCACAACAAUUUCCAGGAUGCGACCAUAUACCCAUGUAUACCGAUCCAUAUUGGGAAUGUAUGAUAAGAUACUAUAGUGCUACGAUCUAUCAUCCUGUUGGUACCUGUAAGAUGGGACCAUUUUGGGAUCCUGAGGCUGUCGUUGAUCCACAGCUCCGGGUCUAUGGCGUGACUGGAUUGCGCGUUAUAGAUGCUAGUAUUAUGCCCAGCCUCGUGAGUGGAAACACAAAUGCUCCGACGAUUAUGAUCGGCGAGAAAGGGGCAGAUAUCAUCAAGGAAUAUUGGUUAAAAUGGAAAAGCAGAUCCGAGGAAAAGAUAGCUAAUGAAAGAUUAUAUGGCGAGCGACAAAUCUCCAGCAUAGCACAUAUUUCUGAUUACAGUAAUACAUAUAUACGUCAUAUAUUAGCCAUGUCCCUAGCUUCGAAGCUUGUCUUCAUGAUGUUGGGGUAUUUUAUUAUUAAUAUGCGUCCAGACAUCGCAGACAUAGAAAAUCGUCUACAAACGGUACCAAUGGAAAAACUGUUGGUUCAAUACGAUUACGUGAUAAUUGGCGGAGGAUCAGCAGGAGCUGUGUUGGCUAGCCGAUUGUCAGAAGACAAAGAUUGCACUGUUCUUCUGCUUGAGGCUGGUGUCGAUGAAGUUCCUUUGUCCGACGUGCCGUGGUCUUAUAUUUCUUUGCAACGUACAUAUCUGGAUUGGGAUUUCAAAACGGAACCGUCAUCCAAUUAUUGCUUGGCGAUGCAUAAUCAUCAAUGUAGGUGGCCACGUGGCAAGGUGUUAGGUGGUAGCAGCGUGUUAAAUGCGAUGCUUUAUGUCCGCGGCAACAAAAAGGAUUAUGAUUCUUGGGCGACUCUCGGUAAUGUGGGAUGGGAUUAUGAGAGCGUCCUGCCAUAUUUCAAGAGAUCUGAAGAUGCUAGAGUCGAGGAACUCGCCGACUCGCCUUAUCAUAAAAAAAAUGGAUACUUGACAGUGGAACAUUUCAAGUAUAAUCCACCGUUGGCCGAUUAUAUCGUUUAUUCUGGCGAGGAGUUGGGAUACAAAGUGCGCGAUGUUAAUGGCGCAAAUCAGACUGGUUUUACGCAUUCUUUUGCCACUUUGAGAGAUGGAUUGAGAUGCAGCACUGCUAAAGCUUACCUCCGACCCGCCUCAAAGAGGAAGAAUCUACAUGUCAGCUUGGAGUCGUUUGUGGAGAAGAUACUAGUGAAAGAAGAUGACACGUCCAAGGCAGCGCAUGGGGUGCUGUUUCGUAAGGGUGAGAAACGUUUCAUAGUUGCUGCGAAACGCGAAGUGAUCCUCUCCGCGGGUGCGAUACAGUCGCCGCAACUAUUGAUGCUGUCAGGAAUCGGGCCGAAUCAUCAUCUCGAGGAUAUGAAGAUAUCUGUAGUACAUCAUGUACCUGGCGUAGGAGAAAAUCUUCAAGAUCAUGUGGGGAUGGCCGGGAUAAUCUAUAUUAUCGAUCCUCCGCACAAAACAUCAGAGCGAAACAAAUUCACUAUGAAAUUAUCUGAAGUUAGAAAUUUAAGAAACAUUCGAGAAAUGAUGUGCAACAGUUCUGGUCCUCUCUACACUACACCAUUCAGUGCCGGAAUAGCGUUUGUCAACACUAAAUAUGCAAACGGGAUCGAUUAUCCAGACAUACAGCUGAUAUUCUCGGCUUUCUCAGAUUAUGGAAUUCUUGCAGCAAAUUUAUACGGAGUUGAAUCGAGUAUCGUUUCUAAGUUAUAUGAAAAUAUCACAGAAGAUAUUCAAGCUUUCGGAAUUUUUCCGCUUCUUUUAAGACCACGCAGCAGAGGCUUUAUCAAACUCAAAUCGGCUGAUCCGAAUGAAGCUCCCGCCAUUGUUCCAAAUUAUUUCAAGGACUCUCAUGAUCUUCAAGUUCUAGUGGAGAGCGUGAGAUUUAUGGAAAGGAUGAGUCAUACUCGUCUUAUGCGGAAGUUAAAUACACGGCCAAACUUGAAUCCAAUACCAGGAUGUUCGCAGUUUGAUAGCUCGUCGGACAAGUAUUGGGCUUGCUACGCACGUCAUUUUACAUCGACGAUAUACCAUCCGGUUGGCACCUGUAAGAUGGGCCCUGCCAGCGAUCGCUACGCCGUUGUUGAUGCUAGAUUAAGAGUUCACGGAAUUGUGGGACUGCGAGUGAUCGACGCGUCGAUCAUGCCGCUUAUAGUUUCAGGGAAUACUAACGCGCCGACCGUUAUGAUAGCAGAGAAAGGUGCUGAUAUGAUAAAGGAAGAUUGGCAAUCAUGAUUCGGCAUCAAUGCUUAUAUUUUGUAAGAGAUUGAUGCAGAAUAGGAUAUUGUCAUCUUUCAUGUUACUAUGUAGUACAAUCAUUUAUAAUAAGCAAGCAUAAAUAAACGCUUCAACUUUAA